GCCUGACGGUAUCAUUGCUAUAGGUGGUUGCGGACGUUCCUCCGUCGAAUCGUUCGCGCUCACGGCGAGCUUUUCCUUUGCGCGUUUAUUUUUCAGACGCGGGCAUGCGCGCGCUCUCGUUCACCAGCUACGCAGAAACGCGUUAGGGCACCGCACACCGUUCGCGUAAGAACGUACAUGCACGUACGCGCGAUCGCGGAACAUAUGUGCCCUAGGCACGCAGACACCUUUGUCGUCGCGCCACGGGGAACGAGGAACACGUCGAUCCUCAGAUAUGCUGGUACACCGUGGACGACCGUCGCCGUUCGCUCGCUGAAGUACAAGCACGUGUAGCCAGCUGCUCGGAGGGGCAGCCUGAGAACACGAGAGCUGAUAGAACGCACGCACUACCCAGCUCGCUCGCUUGGCGCCCGCCGCAGCUUUUUCAAGUAACAGAUCACUUCAUCGAGAAACUUUCCAAGGAAUUACUUCGAUGUUGCACGUAGAGAAGCAAUCCGGGAUUCAUGGGAAUGCGUUUCUGACAAAGGGGUGAGCCAAGUGGCUCAGGGUUGUGCCGAUUCAUUCUGAAACAUUCUGGUUUUCGGUGCGUUGAAGAUAUUGUUGUGGUCUUAUUGUGAAGUGGCCAAGCACAACCGACAUCUGGCCUGAGUACAACUUUAUGUCGGUAACCAGGGUUCAGCGAGCAGAACGCCAAAGAAGGCGCAACAGGAAGCUAAAAGUAUUUCCGUUUCACUCCUUGAAGUUAGCGCGUUCUUCACCCGCCAAGAUGUUGCGUGACAACAUGAUGUCCUUCGUGAAAAAGAUGAUACCGACCACCGCAACGCAGCCAGAUUCCGGCACCACGGGAUCGGUUCUGCCGGACGAAGGCGUUAACACCUUCAAGAUAUUGAGGCAGCUGGGUGGUGGCGUAAUACGGGAUGUUACAAAAUUCGGUCCUGCAAAAGCUACACCUGUCGAAGAAACACCAUCUAAAGAGGAAUCGGUACCGGAACCAUUGAAAACGAAGUCGAAGACCGGAGUCGAGUGCAGGGUAUGUCGGAAGUCCAUUGCACCUGAAGAAGCUUCGAGAAUCUGCUGCGAGUGCCAGCAAAAAGUUUGUGAGGACUGCGCAAGCUAUUCGACGACUGCGAAUUCUGAUGAUGCGUCUUCUUGGCGAUGUAGCGUCUGUCGACUAAAACUCGCGUCUCGAGACCAGCCAAUCGUGACACAGGAGUCAACGGAUUCCCUGUUGGGAGUUCCGGUCCUGCAGGCUCUACACAGGAGGCACAGCGAAGCGAGACUCGGCUGCCAGAGCGGAAGUCAACUCGGUGGUUUCGGUUCCGAAUUGGAACCGCCAAGGAGUCCGGAAUUCAGGAGGCAUUCGGAUGUGUCAAAUGCCAGUUUGAAGGAUCUCGAGAAAUUUCGAAAGGUUGCAGGAGAACGCCGCGAAGACCUCCGAUGGGAGAGAGACUUGGAUCGGAAGAGCAAGUCUAGAGCAACGUCGCCGGAUCGUUACCAGGUCGAUAGGGGGCGAGGUGUCAGCUCCCAAUGGGUCGCUGUCGAACCUUCUUCUGCUGCUGAUGAAGAAGACGAACGUCGAAGUCGUGGCCGCUGGUCCGGAAGCUCGGUCCGAGGUCCAUCCCGCAUGACCAGGCAAAGGUCGUACGACGACGAAAUGAAGAACACGGAACAAAUGAAGGAGCCUUGCCUGAAGCUUCCAACGAUGUUGUCGAGGCGGGCCUCAGCCUACGAUGUUUACACUGCACCAGGAGUCGGAGGUCUUAAUCCCAUCGGCAUCCCGGCCACUCAACCAAGGGGAUCAAUCUCGGCACAAGGUAACAGGAAACCAGUGAUGCCGUACGAAGUCGGGGCAGAAGAUGAAAGCAUGAUGAACUUGGACGCUGCCCCAAUCUCAGUACCAGUGGUUUCUCCAGCGGUGGUGACUCAACCACCAAUUCUGGUUCCAGAUGAGGAACGACGCAACAGACGAAAAGGUUCUCAGUUACCGGAUAUAAACGCGAUAAAAGCGUUAGCAUCUGCAGCUUCUGGAUCAGGGAAGGUACCUACUCCAGCCGUGAACAGAGUUGCUGCUGAAGAUCGCGAAUUGGCACGGCAAGGCAGCCUUAUAGACGGAGAAAGCAUCAAGAUCGUUAUCCACCACGCGGACAAUGAUAUGGUACCAUGGGCCAACGCAAAAAGGAGAAUAAAACUGAGGAGAAAUCCAACUUUGGAUAAGGGGCAUAGAACAAGUGGUUUCGGUCUACGAGUGGUACGUGGUAACCCAGGGCCUGACGGACGUACUUAUGCAUAUGUGUUGUGGGUUGUGCCAGAUGGACCUGCAGCCAAAGCCGGCAUACAACGCGGCAACAAGGUGCUAGAAUGGGCUGGUGUAUCGCUGAUAGAUCGGAGCUUCGAGGAAGUGUCUCAGAUAACCGAUCGCAGCGACGAUGUGGUCGAGCUGGUGGUCGAACAGGCUCCUGACACCGGGGAUCUGCUGGAUGAUCUAGGUACGGUACCAGCGACGGGGAAAGUACCAGGAAACUUGGGCAUGCUGAUGGAAGCGGAAACGGAUAAAACACCCUCAUCACCGACGCGCAGGAAACUGCCAAAGACGCCGGAGCAAAUCGCGAAAGAGAAGCAGGUGUCCGGCCGGGUGCAAAUUCAAGUUGUGUACGAGGCGGACCGCAAGGAGCUGAUCGUUACCGUUUUUAUGGCGGACGAUUUAUGUCUGAGGGAAGACACGGGUUAUGGGACAUUACCAGAAGCGUAUGCUAAACUGGUCCUUGUGCCGGUGUGUGGUGAACAAACUACCUUGAAAACAGUAGUCGCCGAGCCGAGUCAAAAGCCAAUUUGGAAUGCGACAUUACUCUUUUCCGGAGUUGAUGGCGAAAGCUUAAUGCAGCGCGCAAUCGAAGUGACUCUCUGGGAUUUCUGUCCUGAUGGUGAUAACGUUUUCCUCGGCGAAUGCAACGUUGAUUUGCAGCGAGCUCUCGAGAAUGACAGGGCAAUGUGGUAUCGCCUGGAAGAUCCACGAGGACUGCGAGCAAGCAAAUCACCAUAUUGCUCUCCCCGUGGCUCUCUUUCAACGGAAAUUGCCCAAAGGCUGUUACGAAAGACAGAUCUGCGCGAAAGAAGUUACAGCGACGAUACGCAAAGCGACAGCGGAAGUCCCGAGCACAGCUUCUUGCAUCCAAACCAUGCUUGGCAUACAAAUUCCAGAAGAGGUUCCAGUCAAUCUGAACAACUGGAAGUCGAGCCAUAUGAACUGAACAGGGAUUACAGUAGAUCCUUGCCUGGCAGUCGGAGGAGUAGUUUCCAAAGUCAAGGUGGCACCGAUAGUAAACGCGGAAGCAUGGGAGAAACCGACAUGCCGGCCAUGAUGCAGUACCACCGUGACCGGCGACGAAGCUCGGUCACCAGACAGGUGAGGGACCCAGAGGAAUUUUUGGAGGAUCUGCGCACUAUCCAUGGGCAACGUAUGAAAGCGACUAAAGGGGAACUAAGCAGGACGAUGAGUCUUUCGGGAGACAAAAGACGCGAGAGCCCGUGCGUAGUCCCAACGGUUACUGUGUGGCAGUGCGAGCCUGUAUCUCCGAGGACCGGUAACUCGGCCUCCUUCCCACUGCCGCACUCCAUACCACCUCGAUAAAUAACCACAGGACACUGUGGACCACCGUCACUGGCUUUCCGGGCGGGGUGAGCGCAAAGACAGUGUAAUGAAUAUUCCGGAGAGGUUUUACGAUCGCAACAGUGAAUCGGACGAGGAAGACAAGUGGGG